AUGGCGCAUAUUUUCAUUGUUGGUGGCACCGGCCAUACCGGUGGUGCAGUGCUCGACCUUUUGCUUCAGAAGCAUCCGCAGGUCCAGGUCAAGGUUCUAGUUCGUGAUGAGACCAAGGCAGCGAGGCUUAAGAAUAAGUAUCCCACCGUGCAGACCACUGUCGGCGACCUGUCAAGUCACCAGACGCUGCAAGACGAGGCCCGCAGUGCGGACGUCGUCAUCAACGCGGCCCCGGACAUCACCCAUGGAGAUGGCAUCUCGGCCAUUCUCGCAGGCCUCAAGGACGGCAGCCGGGCGCGUAAGGGCUUCUACCUCCACGUCUCCGGCGCGGCCACCUUCUACACCAAGGACCCCAACGGCGCCAAGGAGGGCCGCAUCUGGGACGACAUGGCCGACAUGGACGAGAUCCUGGCCCUGGACCAGUCCUACACGCACAUCCCCACCGACAACCUCGUGCGCGCCGCCAGCGCCGACGUGCACGUUGCCAUCCUCGCGCCCGUCGGCAUCGGCGGCAUCAGCCCGUCCCUCGAGCACACCGCGCCCCUGACCACGGGGCCCCUCCUGACCACGGCCCGCGCCUUCGGCUCGGGCUUCCAGAUCGCCCGCGGCGAGAACGAGAGCGGCUGGGUCCACGUGCUGGACCUGGCCCGGGCGAUGCUGCUCCUCAUCGACAAUGCCCUCGACGCCCUCCGCGACGCCUCGGCGGCGCCCGCCGAGCCCGCCGGCUUCCCCCUCUGGGGCGAGCGGGCGUACUACUUUGUCCGCGCCGAGGACAUCCCGUUCCGCGACCUCCAGGCCGCGCUGGUCCCCGUGCUGCACCGGCACGGCGUCAUCCAGUCGGACGAGAUCAGGAGCGUGACGCACACCCAGGCGGCGCGGACGUGUCUUGCCGGGAGCGCCGAGUACGACCCGGACAUGCCGCUGCCGCCGCCCGACUCGUGGGUGAUUCAUCUUGCUACUUGGUUCGGGAUCAACAUGCGCGUGCGCCCGGCGCGGCUGGAGGCGCUGGGCUGGAGGCCGGCGGAGAAGAGCAUUCUUGGGGACUGGGAGGUGGCUGUUUGUGACUUUUUGAGGAGGGAGGGCGGCGCGUGA